AUGGCCAAUCAGUAUUUUUUCGAUGCCAGAAUUUUCCCGUGUACGCGUUGCGGAAAACCGUACAGGUCGAGGAAGGCCAUGUACACGCACUUUAGGUUUUCCUGCGAGAACAAACGCACGUUCUUCUGCAACCUGUGCAACGCCGCCUAUUUUUACAGCCACCAUUUAAAGAGGCACAUUCGACAGCAGCACGUCGAGCUGGCCAGCAAGGUCGUCGUGACGCAGGGCGUCGUCGACUGA